AUAUGGAUUUAGAAUGGUAGUUAUAUUUUACUAACCGAAAUACCGAAAACCGAAAAAAACCAAACCGAAACCGAACCGAUAUCCGGAUUGAACACCCCUAUUUUGUGGUAACAAAUUAAAUCAGUUAUAAUAAUACUGAACAUAUAUAAAGGAAAGAAGAUGUUCCAAAAAAAUCUUUAUAAUAUAAAGGAAAUAAUUCAAUUUCAAGCACUACUCUAUUACCGAACUUAGAGCUUUAAGGAGAGUGGUGGGAGAUAUGUUAAGGGUUUACAUAUUUAUGGAAAUAAUUUUUUUCUAUAUUCUAAAAAAAAUCAAACAAAAAUUGAAGGGAAACUGCAAUAAAUAUAGACUGCAACUAGCAAAUUAAAAAAUAAUAAUUAAGGAGUAUAUUUCAUUUAUAAAGGGAGGAGAAGAAGGACUUGAAAGAGAGAGAAAACAGAUAGAAGAAGAAGAAGCUCUUUCUUCCCUCUACCCACGUUGAUAUAUGCCCAGAAACGAAGUCCCCCUGUUUUCAAAUCCCUAAUUUCAAAGUCUUUUUCUCUGUAGCUCUUGUGUUUAUAAGAAGGGAUGCUUAUGCUUAUCUAUCGGUCUUUGCAAAAGAUUAGUUCGUGAAAUCAAGGAUCUCUCUAUCUACUCAUUCUAUAUAAACAAUGGGCGAUGGUAGUAGCCUCAAGAGAACCAAGCGUUCAUGGCCCAGAGCAUUGGUUAAGAAAUGGCUCAACAUCAAGAGCAAAGCAGAAGAUUUCCACGCAGACGACCGAGACGUUUACAAAGGUGAAUGUGGAGACUGGAGUAACAAUGUCAUUGAAAGAGAAGAAGCAUGCUCUGUUAACAAGAAAAGCAACUAUGCUGAGACUGGGUGUAGAAGAAAUAAUGGAAGAGGUAGACGAAACAGACAGGAAUUAGAUUCAGCACCACUAGUUAAACAAGUUCAUAAUCUCAGGUACUUAUAUUUCUCUUGUGUCUCUUUGCUUUUUUGGGCAAAUUCUUUUCCUCUAAGACACGUUGUUCACAUCAGGGUUUUUACUGCUACCUGGAAUGUCGCCGGAAAAUCUCCUCCGAGUUAUCUGAAUCUCGACGAUUGGCUCCACACCUCCCCUCCUUCCGACAUUUACGUUCUUGGGUUCCAAGAGAUCGUUCCUUUGAACGCCGGCAACGUUUUGGGCACAGAAGACAACGGCCCGGCCAGGAAAUGGGUUUCUCUCAUCCGAAGAACCUUGAACACUCUCCCUGGCGGAGGAAGCUGCCGGACCCCUUCCCCUGUUCCCCACCCGGUCGCCGAGCUCGACUCCGACUUCGAAGACGCAAACUCCUCGUUCUAUCAUCGGAGGUCGUUUCAGUCACUUAGCAAGAGCCUGAGGAUAAACAACUUUGACAUGUCAGCAGCAUCCAUGCAGCAGCCACAUCUUGACCGGAGGUUUAGCGUCUGUGACCGUUUCAUGCUGGGCCACGAUUCCUACGACCAAAGCUUCAGGUAUUGCUCCUCCGAGGACGACGUCGACGAAAAUGUGCAUGACUCUAAUUCUCCGUCCUACGAUCAAUAUUCUGCUGUCUCGAGGAGUGGAUCUUUUGUGACAGAGGAGAGAGACAAGUCUAAGUAUUGUUUGGUGGCUAGCAAGCAAAUGGUUGGGAUAUUCUUAACUGUUUGGGUGAAGAGUGAUCUAAGGGACAGUGUCAAGAACCUCAAAGUUUCUUGUGUAGGAAGAGGCUUGAUGGGCUAUCUCGGAAACAAGGGAUCGAUUUCGAUCAGCAUGUCAGUACACCAGACUAGCUUCUGCUUUGUGUGCAGCCACUUGACGUCUGGUCAGAAAGAAGGUGACGAGCUGAGAAGAAACUCCGACGUUUUAGAGAUUCUAAGGAAAACCAGAUUCCCUAGAGUGAACAACGCAGGGGAGGACAAGUCUCCUCAAACGAUUUUAGAACACGAUCGGGUAAUCUGGCUUGGAGACUUGAACUACCGUAUAGCUCUUUCUUACCGGUGUACAAAGGCUCUUGUCGAGAUGAGAAAUUGGAGUGCCUUGCUUGAGAAAGACCAGUUGCGGUUAGAACAACGUAAAGGUCGUGUCUUUGAAGGAUGGAAUGAAGGGACCAUCUAUUUCCCACCCACUUACAAGUACUCUAACAAUUCAGAUGUAUAUGCUGGUGAUGAUCGUCUCACCAAGGCCAAAAGACGGACUCCAGCAUGGUGUGAUCGCAUACUCUGGCAUGGUAACGGACUUAGUCAGCUGUCGUAUGUUCGCGGGGAGUCAAGGUUCUCAGAUCACAGACCAGUCUACAGUUUGUUUUCUGUAGAGAUAGAAUCGGUAUAUAGAAACUACAAUAUCAAGAAAAGCUCUAGGGUUGAAGUUGAGGAACUUCUUCCUCAACGGUAUGGAUAUGCUGAGCUUAGCCCUUACUAAUUCAUUAUCACGAGACAAGGGAGGAUUCAACAUUUCUAAAGCCUGAAAAAAAAAAAUGGGGUUGGUCAAGGUCUUCCAUGUUUUUUCGGUUGGGAACAGGGGAAGAAGAUUCGAGUGGAAAGCGAAGUAAGUAAUUAAUAUAGCUUUUUAGCUGAACAGUUCGUUAUCCUUUAGGAUUAUAAAGAGUGGACCAGUUUUGUGCACUUCGAACCAUUAGUUUCUCCACAGGAUGUAGUGUAUAUAUGUGUUUGCAACUUUGCAUGUACAUCUUAUUGAUUCUUUUGUAAUGACCAAUGUGUUUCAAAUUGGAAAAUCUCAGUUUCAGUCUUUUGUCCUAUGAUCCCCCCUCCCCCCCCCCCUCCCCCCCCCUUUCCCUACAGUGACAGAGUGAAUAUGGAUACUUUUGAUUUUGAAAGUGAGGAGAUAACCUUUUUUAAAAAAAGAGAGUCAAGCUCGUGGAACUAUAUACUAUACUCUUGCUUUUGUACUUUUUAAUCAACCCACUUGUGUUCUUACGACCGGUUCAUCUUCAUUCAUAUAAGUACUGUAGAACUAUAUAUCAAAGUUCUAAAAAGCGGUCUAGAUGGUACCUAAGCGGCUAUUCGGUCUCAUCCGAAACGAUUUUCUUAAAAUCUGAUUUAUAUGAUUUAUACCAGUUUAAACUGUUCUAAAUCGUUUAAAAUCAAUUUAAAUUGAUAUAAAUUAGUUUAGAUAUGUUAAAUUAAGUAAAAGUGUUAGUAUAAAUCUAAAUUUUAUUCUUUUGUUUUGUAUAUUUAAAUAUAAUUCAUCAUAAUAAUUUUAUAAUUAAACUCAAAAACUAAAAUAUCUCAUAUAAAUGUAAAUUACAUAUAAAAUAAAUCAAUAAUUCGUUAACGCUUAGGCUUCAUUGAAGUUUAGAAUAGUCAGUCUAGUCACUAAUCUUCUAUAAAGCGCAUAGUUAACUUCUGUGAUUUUUUGAAUAUUGCUAUUUAUUACUCUAAGAACCAAAUACAACAAAAAAUGGCAAUGAUAACCUCCCUCUCUCUAUAUUUCCGUGCAUUCUCAUGUCCUUUUACAGAAAUACACGCGCGCCGGAUUAAACCGCGUGAAGUAAACGUCAGUAUAUAAUUGGUGGUCGUGAGAGGAUCAGAUAAAGAGUUGUCUCUCUUUUUUUUUUAAAGAAAAAUUCCUUCAGAGAUUGUCUCCUUGCAAGACACACGCCACACACACAACCUUUGUAUUUAUUUAUAAAUAAAGGGAUUGAUUUCUCGCAAAUGAUACCGACGGCGACGACUCGUAGUUUCAAGAAAGUAUAAAAAACAAAAUGAAAAAAUAUACUCAAUACGUAGAAGAAAUACAAAGUGGAAACAUAUUCGACGGUAGAUAAGUAAUAAUAUCACCACCCCAUAUGGUUAUCUAGCAAAGAGACAUAGUCGACGGUGGAUAAGAUAUUUUGGUCGGAGGAACUGCGGAGAUUAGAGGUAGGACGCAUAUGCACUCACUCUCGCUACCCAUCCUCUCAUUCUCUUUAUUUAUUUUCCUUUUCCUUUUAUAUGUUUAAUUCUUUUGUCUUAUAUCCGCAUUUUCUUUUUCUAUAAUAGUAGUAUAUAUUAGCUUGGUGAUAGUGGAAUACAGAACUACGUCAUGUACGAAUUUUUUUUUUUUUAUUAUUGAUGGAUAUGAUGAGAAGAUCCUAUAAACUAGAUCACGACCACAUGCCAUGUCGUAACAUUUACUCGACCUUUUCUGCUAAGGACCAAAUCAUUUGUUUUUUUUUCCCACUUGAAUCCACUCGAUUUCAGUUUCUUUAGAACGUCACACACACACACACACACACACACACACACACAUAUAUAAGUUUAUUUAAUUUUAAUAACUGUAAAAUUAUUCGACUCAAAAACGUUUUUACAAUUGAUGCUUGGGAAAUUUUAAAACUAGCAAUUAGUUAAAAUAUUUAGACUAUAAAAGCAUCGUGAAUUUUCUUUGAAGCUUUUGGAACUAAAAUGAAGCAAACCGUAGCUUCAUGACAUCUUCAUAAUCCUUCAUGCCCAUCAUUUGGAUCGUAUAGAUCCGGUUUCUCACUUGUUUGUCAUUAAUAGCCCUCUGAGGAAUUCACUGUUCUGAUGUGUUUCUCCACGACGUCCCCCAAUCCCAUUACGCUCUUGCCAUAGUGAGUGAACUGUCACUUGAAACACUGACGGCAGAAAAUAGAGCUUGUUUUUCCCUAUAGCUCUAUCGACCAACAACUUCAAAAUCUAACUACUCCAAACCUUCGUGUAGCUUGAGCCUAACAGCCUGAUGGUUAACACUUCCAAAUUUCUUCAAUACAAGAUCAUUGAAAAAAUAAAUGGUCUCAUUUAAUUUUUUACUUUCCUAUUUACGAAUAACGAUAAUCAUAUGGAUUUUGGAAGAUACUAACUAAUACACUGAAUACGAUAACUACAUUUAUUUAAUUCCAAAGACAGUGUCACAUUAACUAAUACACCGAAUACGAUAAGUACAUUUGCUUUCUUAUAAUUAUAGGACAGACUCUAGGCUUGUAGGUGUUUCAUACGAACAAUUUAGAAAACGAUAGAUGUUUCCAUGUGAUAUUCCCUCGAACCUUCUAAUUAUUGUGUACAAGCAUAAAACUAUAUAUUUUAACUAUUAUAUUGAAAAAUGUUUGACCUUAAAGUUAGUCUUUUCCAAACAAAACAAAACCAAAAAGAAAGUUUAUGCAAAGAAUAGCUAACCUAUACGACUUCAAUCAGUGCUUGAUUGAUAUUUCAAUAUAGGACUUGUUGUUUUUUCCUUUGUCAACGUAUUGGAUCUCUUUGGUAAGGGCGUCAGGGACAAACAUAUAUAUAUUUACCAACGUUGAGUUGGCCUAGUGGUAAAAGGGUUAUGGUUGUAACUACCGCCACCCGGAUUCAAUUCACGAUGGGAGGGACUAUUUAUAAUGCUUGGGUUCCCGGCAAAGAGGUGAAACCACCUUUUUUUUUACCAAAAUAUAUCUAAUCUAUUUAAUUAAAGUUAUAUUUUGGAUUUCAUAUGUUAUAUUUUAAUUUUGAACUAUCAAACACGGUAUCAUCUAAUCAAUUUAAAUUUUAUUAUAUAAAAUAUUUAUAAAAAAAUCUCUAACGAUUUAAAGCUGGAUGGAAUAGAAAAUUAAGAUUACAAUUAGUAGUUUAGGAUGACUCAUUUAGAGUUAGAGUUGAUAUCGACUUAUGGCUGAUACUCCAUAUGCAAAGACUAAUAUUCGAUUUUUAGAUUCCAGGGGCGACGUCCGAUCCUUCUUAAAGAUAAAAAAUACGAACUCAAAGAAUCUAUAAAGCAAAAUAAUUGUUUAAAAUGAAACUUAACCGCACAAAAUAAAUGUUUAAAAUGAAACGUUACCGCGCAUGGCGCGGGUUCUAUUCUAGUAUAUAUUUAAAUAUUGGAUCUUCUUAUUGUCAACAUUACUAGCUCUCCCUUUGUUAUCACUAAUUUAUCCUCUAAUUAACACAAUCAAAUUCAUAUAUAAUAUCAUAUCCCUCCAAGGGAAUCCCCUGUUGAUUGGGAUUUGCGACUAAAUAAAUCAUAAACUAAUCGAUAAACAAAGUAAAAGAUUCUUAAGGCUGUUUGUUAGUGAAGUUGGUCACAAUUUGUAACAUAUGAUUUGUAUCCCUUGGACUCUUGCAAUGAUACUUAGACGAUGCAGUAGGUAACUAUAAUGGCGAUAAAGAUAUGCUUUUAUAUAUACCGGAGGCCAGAUGGGUGAGUGCUGAUUAAUGGUAGAAUAAAUAAAUCAUGUAAAUACAUAUUUCAGUGGUUGGAAUGUGUUUUUUUUUUCUGAAUUGAAAAGUUUUUUUUACCGAAUGUUUAUACAUGUUCCCGUAUAGGCCGGAAUCCUUUCCAAAACAAUAAUUUGUUGUAAUCUUCUUUGGAGGACAACAACGACGAGUAAAGCAACAUACACUUGGUUAGCACACAUCAUGCAAUUUGCAUUCUAAAUAGAUAUGAAGAAUUAUGAUACUAUAUAAUAGUUAAGUACAAAUGGUUAACCUCAUAGUCAAAAUUUUGGAGACUAUAUUUAACGUCAAGUAAAUGAUUUGUUUUCUUAUACAACUUAGAAGUUUAAAAAAUUGGGCUCAUAAUCAUUUUUUUUAUAAAUUUAGGAUCAGAUGUCGAUAAUACCACAUGUAAAAUGUAAAUUGCUAUUUUCAAGUAAAACUGAAUAAUGAUCUUAAAUAUUCACUCUCAUAACCAGUAGACUACUGUCCACUUGGUAUGUGAUAUGAAUCACUGAGUUUUAUGAGAUAACGAUUUGACAAAAAUGUAUGUUUUAUGAUCGAAAAGUGUAAGAGUGAACCUAGCUAUUGUAUAUGAUUGAUCCAAACAGAGGUGGAUAGUGGGAUCAAGUGGUUGACAACAAAAUUUAAGUAACAUAAGUUACAGAAACUCGCAUUAAAUAUCUCAAAAUAAAUAAGAGGGAAUAGCAGUGAUAGUACCAUAUAUCUUCGAGCUACAUCAAUACUCGAUAGCUGGUGCAGUUUUAGAAUCGCACGAUUUACUCUAUUAAUAAUUAUCCCGGUAGAAAAGUCGAAAGGAAGUUUGUGUAAGUUACUCUCCACGUGUUGGGAGGAGAGAUAAUCACAUCAUCAGCGUCUGCAAGCGAGAUGUGAUGAUAACUGAUGUGGCAGAAUGGAUGACAUCAUCCGAUAUAGAGCUUGCAUGUAAACUGAGUGGGAAGUGGUCGAGAACAAGUGAAAUGCGAGGUGUAUGUUACCUCUUUGUAAGGCUAAACUAAGCAAACGAUAUCCUUUAAAGAGAAAAUAAGCUAAUGAACAGAUCUUAAUUAUAUCCUUCGCAAAAUGUAACUAGUCUAUCAAAUUGUUUUUUUUUCUUUUAAUACUCAAUAUGCUUUGAAAAUGUGGUUGAAUAUAUAUAUAUAUAUCGAUUCUUAUAUAUGAUUAGGCUGGUUUGAUCCCUUCCUAAUUUAUGUAUUGUAGUUGUCUAAUAGUUUUCAUCUUUGUUAUCUUGCCGGCUUUGUGUAAUUUACAUUAUAAGUUUGAAUAUUAAUCCAACCUAACAAAAAAAACAACCAUUGCUAAGGAAUGAACUAAUGAUUUCGAGAAGGGAAUUAAAUAUGAAAAAGAUGAACUGCAGAGAAGAGACAUGCGUCAUUGAUUUGGUCCCGCCCCACCCCCUUUUCUGUCAAAAACAUACAUCAAAACAGCAGUUACAGUUUUGAUAAAGAGUUUUACCAUAAUAAGUAAUUAGCUGUUCUUUUAGGAGAGGCAUGACGUCAUCUUCUUUUUCUAGUAUUUGCCUCGUCGACGUUUGCUUCUGUUCCAACCUUCCUGUCAGUGUCUAGUAAAUUAACAACGUCAGAUGAUAUCAUCUCCCCCUACAUAAUUUUUACACACGACAGGCCUAACACAAUGCAAAUGAUAUGAAGAUGUAGCCUUUUGAAGUGUUUUGUAUCAGUUUGCCAAAUACUACUUGUGAUAUUAUAGACACUAGUAUUAUCUUCGGUGCUAUGCACGGAUCAGUUUCAUAGUCUUCUAAAUAUAUGAUCAUAAAAUUGUAAUGUAUCAAAAUAUUUUUGAUUUUUUCAGAAAGGGAUUAAUAAAUUAUUUCUUUAGACACUAUGUUUUCUAUAUCUAAAAUACAUUUGACACACAAACUUAGAAGUAGCUUCAUUCAAGCAGCAGUUGGAAACAUGACUAAAAUCAUUUUUUUGUGAUUUUUUGAGAAAUGUAUACAUCAUACGUGUUUGAAAGACACUUCCAUAUUUGAAAUAUGUAUCCGAAGAAAACUUCAUUGAUAGAUUAUUAAAAUUAACAUAUUGUACAAUAAUAUAUACGUAAAUACUAAGUAUAUAAAUUGGAAUUUGCUCUCCCGAUAGAGCUUCACAUGUGUAUUAACAGAAACUACUCACUAUAAUUCCCUUUAAAUUUUUUUUUAUCAUCUUAUGUUUCAGAAAAGCUUGGAUUCUAUUUACUUACUAUAUAAGAAACAUAUCAGAGCUGCUGAGUUUUAUCUGUUUAAACAGAUUUUAGAUAUUAUAAUAUAAAUAUAAAUGUGUUUACCUUUUUCCAAGAAAAUUUGGGAAUAACUUUUCAUGUUGAAAAUAACUUCAAGCUUCUGAUAUUAAACAAAGCUCUGAUUUCCACCAUUUAUAUUAUGAUAUACCGUCUACUUGAAUCAUACAGAUAUAAUCAUAAGAAACUAUUUAGAGAAAAACAGAACAGAAAAAGACGAAGAAAGAGAGGAAACAAAUAUAAAAAAUAAUUGUUGUUUGAAUGUUAUAUAAGAGAAAAAACAACUGCUGCUAAUGGGAGUUAAUGAAUUAGUUUCGGAACGUGAUGAUUGUAAUUUGAGAAAAUAUAGGAAUUUGAAUUUUUGCAGUUAUGAAAAUAUUUGAAAUAGAAAAUCGUGGCUUGUUCACAAUAUAAUUUUGAUUUUUAUUUUUGAUUUUAAAGAAAUGACAUGUCAAUUCUGAUUGGCCAUGCGACUUGCGCUUUAGUAUAUAGAGGAUGUGUUAUAAACGAUUGACUGUAUUGCAAUUCGUGUAUUAUGAGGUACAAACUUUAUUAUAUUUUGGAAAAAGAAGAAUAUAUUUAUUGUGAAAAUUAGAUUAAAUGUAAAUGAUAUUUACUUGAAGAAGUUAAAAAAGAGUCGUAGCUUAAGAGAAAAAGAGAUAAUUUUCAUAGAGAAGAAUUUGGGGUGCAAAUUCUUGCUUGUUAUGAAAACAUGACAGCCAUCAUGAAAAAGUACUCUGCAAAAAUAAGAAAACAAAGGAUGUUGUGUUAAUCGUGGUUGGAUGAUCAAGCAUUUGGAAUAAGUGUUGUGUUUUGGGUGUUGAAGUAUUCGUUGACAAAUUUCCAAAUUUAGAAAAAUUGAAAUCAAGGCUCUAGAAAAAGUUUUGGCUUAGAAUCGGAUUAAUCAAAUCCUAAGAAAAGAAAUUGUAAUAGAAAGAGUAAUAUUUAAAAAGGAUUGCGCCUAACUUAUGCGUUAUCAAAUAAGUUAUAUUUGUUUUUUUGUUCUAUUGAAUUAAAAAAAAAAAGCAUAAAAGUUGUGUUUUGUUUAUUUCUGCAUUCUACUCUUAUCUCAUCUACAUUUUUCUUAUGUCUUUUUUUUCCUGUGUAAGAAUCUAUAAUGUUCUUCCGUCAUGUUAUUAUUUUAUGUAUCUUACAGGAGAUAAGCAUAGGAGAUGAGGAAGUGUUGAAAUUGAAAAGGAAGAUUAGGCUUAUGAAAAGCGCCAAAUUGAUACGGGUGAGAUUAAAUGACAAUGGGCCCCUAACUAGGCCUGAUUAAUGAGUCCUCUAAUUGCCCAAUUUUUUCUUAAAGUUAUCAUCAGCUAGGCCUGUAUACGGCUCACUCAGAGUAUCCAACACACUGACUGCAUCAUCUAAUAAGCCAAUGAUUUUACUUUAUUUGAUUUCAUUGCAGGUGGUUUCUAAGAAAUUGGGGCUAGAUGCGAGGCUCUUCUCUUUCUUUUUUUCCGUCAAUAGAUUUUGAUUAACAGGCCUAAAAAAUCUACAGUACAACAUACAGAAACCCAUGAAAACAGGUCAAAAAAUAAUAAAAUUCUAGGCCUAAGGCCCAACUACGAAAAUCCUAGGACACACGAGGUUCCGCCGCCGCGGACAAACGCUGCGACUUCGACGUCGCCCUCGCUUCGAAACAACACCGGGAACCAACCGUCGAUUCACCCGGAUCCACCGGAGCUCACUGACUCCACACCAUCACCACCGCAAACGUCUUCAACUCAAGUGAACCCAAUUUCGGAGAGCAUCAAUCGACUGUUCGAGAUCUCAUCUGUCACCAUUCAUUGCAAGCACUGAGAGGAAGACUUCACGCGAACCAUCACCGUUAACCAUGGUCGAGCUUCGAUCGUCCUCCGACGUCGUCUCCACCAAUCCAAACCAAACCAAAAGCGAAAAACUAAAAGGAAAGAACAGACUAAACCCUAAAACGGAACUAGGGAACCAACCGUCGGCGAGGCAAGGCAUGGAACGCCUACACCUCCCGUGAUCUAGACCGACGACGGCAGAGUUAACGAAGCCUCCACCUCUCGGGGACAGGAACCGGCGUCGACGGAGCUGGAGGAACCUCCGCCUCCCGGAGACAAAACCAAACACUUUAAAGUAAAAACGUAUGUUAAACAAAGUAUAUAAAAAUCUCUGCGUGAAGCGUUGACUAACUCUUAAUGUAGAACUUCAUUUUUUUCUCCAAAAUGGAGUAAAAGUGAAAAUAGAGUUAAAUUGCUCCAACCCUACUUCAUUUUCCACUCCAUUAUAGAGUGAUGAACAAACAAAAAAUAAACUACUCCAUUUAUGGAGUAAAUUUCA